GGGACGGACGCAAGUCAGGGUGAUUGUGGUUGUCAGUCGUGAAUCGAUUUCAAUGUCACCACUGAUUCGACAUUCCACACCAGCCCACCAAUCGGCCGGCACCAAUUGUCACCCAGGUAGCGCAAAACUCAGAGUGAACCACACACCUUCAGGCUUACACUUACACUCCCAGUCCAAGGGAACAGCCAAGGCAGAAUACACUACACCACCCUGCAAGCCAGGCUACUUUUUACCCUCAUUCUUUGGCGAAUCUCCCUGACUCAAGGAACGACUUAUUCUUUGAAAGGCAGAAGAACGUUCAAAAAAAAAAAGAAGAAACCCUUCCCCUUCCACCAAAGAGCAACCAUGAGCCACGAACUCACACUCAUCGUCGCGGCGACGCGCAACAUGGGCAUCGGCGCCAAGGGCGGUCUGCCGUGGACAGGAUUGAAGAAGGAGAUGGCGUACUUUGCGCGCGUGACGAAGAGGCUUCCUCCCCAGGCACCCUCAGACGCCCGCAACGCAGUCAUCAUGGGCCGCAAGACGUGGGACAGCAUCCCGUCCCGCUUCAGGCCCCUCAAAGGCCGCCUCAACAUCGUCAUCAGCCGCUCUCACCCUGCUUCGUUGGACUCUGCUGUGGCCACGGACUUCGACAAAGACGCGGUCAAGGUCUCUUCCCUGGACCAUGCCCUCGCCUUCCUCCGCUCCGACGCCUUUAUUGGUGACGGUGCCGCGGCCGGCACCAAGCUGGGCAGGGUCUUUGUCAUUGGCGGUGCGCAGAUUUACGGCGCGGCGCUCGAGAUUCCCGAGGCCAAGAGGGUGCUGCUGACGAGGGUGUUGGGGGAGUUUGAGUGUGAUGCGUUUUUCCCGCUGAAGCUUGGCGGCGAAGACAUCGAGGCGAGUGGACAAUGGAGCCAGGUUGGGAAGACGGGGCUUGAUGAGUGGGUUGGGGAGGAAGUCGAGGGGGGUGAGAUUGAGGAGAAUGGGACGCGGUAUGAGUUCCAGAUGUGGGAGAAGAGUUGAAACGUUUGUAGAUAACUCUUCCAACCCUUCUCAAGGAACAUUAAGGGGGAUGUGGACACUAACAAAAGAACAAAAAAGGACUUGGGCUUCAUGGAACCG